AAGCACACACAAGCCACGCCCACUGACGCAUACGGCAUCAUUGAAUUCCAGGGAGGAGGUCAUGUCAACAAGGCCAUGUAUAUCCGUGUGUCCUAUGAUACCAAGCCUGAUAACCUUCUGCAUCUGAUGGUGAAAGACUGGCAGCUGGAGCUGCCCACCCUGCUGAUCUCUGUGCAUGGAGGCCUGCAGAACUUCGACUUGCAGCCCAAACUCAAGCAAGUGUUUGGAAAGGGCCUGAUAAAAGCAGCAGUUACCACUGGGGCCUGGAUCUUCACUGGGGGAGUUAGUACAGGAGUGAUUCGGCAUGUGGGAGAUGCGCUGAAAGACCACUCCUCCAAAUCCCGUGGGAAGGUAUGCGCCAUCGGUAUUGCACCAUGGGGUAUUGUGGAAAAUAAAGAGGAUCUGAUCGGACGAGACGUGACACGACCCUACCAAACCAUGUCCAACCCUCUCAGCAAACUUUCUGUGCUUAACAACAGCCAUUCCCACUUCAUUCUGGCUGACAACGGCACUCACGGAAAGUAUGGCGCGGAGGUCCGACUGCGCAGGCAGCUGGAGAAACACAUCUCUCUGCAAAAGAUCAACACACGUCUGGGUCAUGGGGUCCCUUUGGUGUGUUUGAUUCUUGAAGGAGGGCCGAAUGUAAUCUCCAUUGUGUUGGAGAGUCUGCGUGAGGAACCUCCUGUACCUGUGGUUGUGUGCGACGGCAGCGGCCGAGCAUCGGAUAUCAUUUCAUUCGCUCACAAGUACUCGGAGGAGGAUGGUUAUAGUAUUUGUAUUCAGUAUUAUAACGUUAUUGAAUACAUAUUGUCAUGUCUAUAUCAUCAGCCUGCUGGGUCCCUGCCCAUCUCAUCCACGAGCCAGCAGGAUAAACCAAAGAGCCCUAUCACCACCCGUGCCAGCAAGCAUAAACCUGCCAGGCCCAAGAAGGGCAAAGGUGCCAAAUCCAAACCUGAGCCUCCAGAGGAGACAGAUCCUAGAAAACUAGAGCUGCUUAACUGGGUUAAUUCUCUGGAACAGGCCAUGAUGGACGCACUCGUGCUUGACAGAGUGGAUUUUGUAAAGCUCCUUAUUGAAAAUGGCGUCAACAUCCACCAUUUCCUGACAAUCCCACGACUGGAAGAGCUCUAUAACACAAAAUUAGGGCCAACCAACACAUUGCAUUUUGUGGUCAGAGAUGUAAAAAAGGGAAACCUACCGCCAGAUUACCAGAUCACUCUGAUUGACAUUGGCUUGGUUCUGGAGUACCUCAUGGGAGGAGCGUAUCGGUGUCAUUAUACUAGGAAAAGUUUCCGCACACUCUAUAAUAACCUCUAUGGACUGAAGAGACCCAAAGCUUUGAAACUCCUGGGUAUGGAGGACGAUGACCCAAGACCUAAAGGCAAAAAGAAGAUGAAGAAGAAGAAAGAGGAAGAAAUCGAUAUUGACGUUGAUGACCCAGAGGUCAGUCGAUUCCAGUACCCCUUCCAUGAGCUGAUGGUGUGGGCUGUUCUCAUGAAGCGCCAAAAGAUGGCGCUGUUUCUCUGGCAGAGGGGAGAAGAGGCCAUGGCCAAAGCUCUGGUGGCAUGUAAACUCUAUAAAGCGAUGGCGCACGAAUCAUCACGGGGCGAACUAGUGGACGACAUCUCGCAGGAUCUGGACAAUAAUUCCAAGGAAUUUGGUCAGUUAGCGUAUGAGCUGCUAGAUCAGUCUUACAAGCAUGAUGAACAGGUGGCCAUGAAGCUUUUGACGUAUGAGCUGAAGAACUGGAGUAACUCCACCUGUCUGAAACUGGCUGUAGCUGCCAAACACAGAGACUUUAUAGCCCACACCUGCAGCCAAAUGCUGCUCACAGACAUGUGGAUGGGCUGCCUGCGGGUGGGCAAGAGCAAUGGACUCAAGGUAAUCCUUGGAAUCAUCUUUCCUCCAACCAUUCUUCUCCUAGACUUCCGAACUGGAGAUGAUCUGUCUUACCAAAACUCCAAAGACAAAGAAGAGCUCAAAGACAAAGAGGAUGAAAACAAAUCUGGCAAGGAUAGGACCAUGAGCAUGGACGGAGCGUCAAAGAAAGGUGAUGAGGAAGAUGGUAAAAAGAAACAGAAACGAGUGCCUGUUGGGAAGAAGAUAUACUAUUUCUAUAACGCUCCGUUUACCAAGUUCUGGUUCAAUACAACUGCCUACCUGGUAUACCUGAUGCUGUAUAAUUACAUUAUCUUGGUGAAAAUGGAGCGAUGGCCUUCACUGCAGGAAUGGAUCGUCAUCUCCUACAUCAUCACUCUUGGAAUAGAGAAAGUCAGACAGAUCCUGAUGUCAGAGCCAGGAAAGCUGAAACAGAAGAUAAACGUAUGGCUUGAAGAGUACUGGAACAUCACUGACCUGGCUGCCAUCACCAUGUUCCUCAUGGGACUGUUACUGCGAUUGCAGAAUGAGCCUUACAUGGGUUACGGACGUGUCAUCUACUGUGUAGACAUCAUCUUCUGGUACAUUCGUGUCCUCGACAUUUUUGGAGUUAACAAGUAUUUGGGACCAUAUGUCAUGAUGAUUGGUAAAAUGAUGAUUGACAUGCUGUACUUUGUGGUGAUCAUGCUGGUGGUUCUCAUGAGUUUCGGCGUGGCUCGCCAGGCCAUCCUGCACCCGGACGAGGAGCCGACGUGGCGUCUGGCGAGGAAUAUCUUCUACAUGCCCUACUGGAUGAUCUAUGGAGAAGUGUUUGCUGACUCGAUAGACCCACCCUGUGGUGAAAACAUGUAUGAUGAAGAUGGGAAGAAGCUCCCUCCAUGUAUACCUGGGGCCUGGCUCACACCUGCCAUCAUGGCCUGUUACUUAUUGGUAGCCAACAUCCUACUGGUUAACCUGCUUAUUGCUGUAUUCAAUAACACAUUCUUUGAAGUGAAAUCCAUCUCCAACCAAGUAUGGAAGUUCCAACACUACCAGCUCAUCAUGACUUUUCACGACAGACCGGUGCUUCCUCCUCCCCUCAUCAUCUUCAGCCACAUAUACAUUGUGUUGAAGCGCCUGUGCUGCCGCUGCAGGAAGAAACAGGAAGGGGAGCUGGAUGAGAGAGACCGCGGACUGAAGUUGACUCUGAGUCUGGAGGAACUGAAGAGUCUGUAUGAGUUUGAGGAACAGUGUGUGGAGGAGUACUUCAGAGAGAAGGAGGACGAGGUGCAGUCUUCCAAUGAUGAGCGAAUCCGAAUUACUUCCCAGAGAGUCGAGAACAUGUCCAUGCGCCUAGAGGAGGUGAAUGAACGAGAGCACUCCAUGAAAGCCUCCCUGCAGACAGUAGACCUGCGCUUGGCUCAGCUAGAGGAGUUCUCUGGCCGCAUGAUGCACGCGCUGGAGCGGCUGGCUGGCAUCGACCGCUGCGAACUGGUCCGUGCUCGAUCCGGUAUCUCAAUGGCCGUGGACCAAUCCAGCCUGCUUCGUCGCGGCAGCAUCAACAGCGCCGAUGGCUACAGUUUGUACCGCUGGCACCUGGAUGCCGAGGACCGCAGUGAGGAGAUGUCAGGGGACAGGAAGGGCCACGCAGAGAGACGCGGCAGUAUUGGCAGCAGUGACCUCCUUCUAAACCCUCAUCAAGGUUCUUGCUACGGACCCACGCUGGACGUGGUGCCCCUCCGGCAAAGAACACGCUCCAGCUCCUGUGUGGACAUCCUCAUCUCUCCUUGCGAGUCACAAGACAGAGUCCAGAUCUCUCAAUCCCCAAAACUCACCUCCAUUCAACACCCUAAAGAUCCACAAGCUCUGCUAGAAGCUGGAAUAGACAUAGCAGUUUCACAUCUUCUGGAAAGGGCGCAAUCCCUGAGGCAGUACCCAACUGAAGCUCAAAGUAACUCACUUUCGUACGAGAACAGAUCCCAAAGUGGUACUUUGUACGUCUCGAUGGCACAGUCGAGGUUGUGCAGUCCAGGGAAUACGUGGGCUUCGGAGCCACACGACCUACAGGAUCAAGCAAGCAGAUCGCCAACGUUAGGUCGCUGGCCUCCACGCUUCGAUGACAAAGUUCAUCCCUCCCCUUUUGGACUUUCACCCAAGACAUCUUUAGAGAAAUUAAUAAAGAGAGAAGCCCAAGAUGAAGAAAGAUCUUCUAAGGAGAGCAAGUGGACAAAAACCCAACAAGGGGAAAGUGAGGAGAAGAAGAAAGACGAAGAUCAGUCAGAGGCGAAUAGCGAAAGCACCAAAACAGAGGGAGGAGAAGAGAAAAGAGAGGAGCUGACGGAUUCAGAUCACUUGUAUGUUGCAGAGGACAGGAUGUACCCCUCACUCAGAUCUAAGAGUCUGAACACUAACCCACGAAAGUCGAAGGCUGUAGGGAGCAUCCUGGCUAAACCUCGAGCAGCCAGUAGUGUGAAAGACCUGGCUGGGGCCUUUGAAGUGAACACCAAUGACUACAGACCCUCCAGAGAGAGGACAGGCACACAGACAUAGCGCAAGAUCAUCGCAGUAGUGCUACGUUAAAAAAGUUGAUUUUCAUUGUUUUCCAGUAUGGAACACACUUCUAACUAACACUAGUUAUGCUUGUGAAUUGAC